AUGAGUAUUGAAGAAGGUAGAGAGGAGGUGAGAGAACACGUAGUGAUUGGACAGUAUCUACUGGAGAGUCUCAACAAAAAGAAAAAAGGAGAGGAUGGGAAUUAUAACUGGAUUGUGUCACAACUGAAGAAUAAAAAUAUGACCUCUGCAGUUAUGCUGAAGUGGCUGAUCAUUUUCAAGAAAUACGUGACAAUCGUUGACGAUGAAUUAAUAAUUAAAUCGAUUCUGAGUUUCUCCUGGUAUUCCAGUCCUGAUUCAGUUCUUAUUGAUACAUAUAUUAAUUACUUGCUUGAUUUGACCUCGUUUCAUGUCAGUUUCAUUAAUAAUGUAUUAACAUCAUUAAUUAAAGCAGCUUUAUUACCUGAUCAUGAAAGUGAAUCAGUAUACAUUAAUAUUCAUAGAGCAAUUGAACUUCAAUUGACUACAACUCCAAAAGUUUCCGAUAAUUUAUUAAAAUCAAUAGAACUGCUCAGUCCGUACAAAAUGAAGUCAUCCAGUUUUCAAGAAGUGUUUGUCAGAUGUUGUUUACACAUUUCAAGAUAUUAUUCAAAUAUUUUUAAUGAAUUACUUCACCUCGUUAUAUUAAAGAUGCUCCAGAUAGACGUUGAAGUAUCAGUACUGGAACAUGAAGAAGAAACUUUACAAUUCAACACAGACGAUGUUGCUAUGGCGGAGGAGGAAAAAGGUUGUUUAUCUCCUCGUUUCUGUUUCCAUGACAACAUGGAGGACAAGAUGGCUGACAGUAUUGAUGUGACAAUGAAUGUCCUCUUUGAGUUCAUUAAUGAACUGAGUUAUGAAGGAGAUCAACUGUCACUUGAUUCUGCUUGCAGUUUAUUUCAGUCCUUUAUUAAAGUAUUUUUUAAUCAAAUCUGUUUAACUCACAAGUCAUCUUAUGUUCAAUUUUUAAUAUUUAAAAUGACAAGUUUUGACAAAUUUCAGAAUGUCCAUUCACCAGGUUAG